AUGGCGUCCUCAAAGCACAAGGGCAAGAAGAAAAAGGCCAAGACCGGCAGCAAGCGCCGCCGUGAGGUUGAGGAGGCGCCUGCGUCGGUCGCUGCCUUCCCCCGGGCAGAGGAUGGCGCAGAUGUUUCAUCCGCCGUCGGCGAGGGCCCUCCCCGGAAGCGCAAGAAGAAGAAGAAGGCCGCCACUGGCGCAGGCUCGUUUGUCCGUGGCACCACCGCCGUGCUGACCCCGCUCGAACGCCGCCUCAUCCGCGAGCAGGCUGCCCGCGAUGCUGCUGCAGAGGCCGCUGGCGCCGUCCCGGCCGCCGUCCUCCGCGCUGGCAAGACCACUCUGCCCGUCGGCGCCGGUGGCUUUGUCCCAGGCUUCCUCCGCGACGACCUGCACGACGUCGAGGACACUGACGCUGCUGUCGAGGAGAACAUCGCCGCCCUGCGCCCCUCGGCCGCCUCAGACUCGACUGAGAAUGUCCACAUGGUCUCGCUGCGGAGCCGCGAGGGUCUCGCCGUCGGCACCACCGUCCUCGGCGUCGUCGUCUCGGUCUCCCCCAUGCACAUGUCUGUCUCGCUCCCCUCGGGUAUCACCGCACGCGUCUCUAUCACCGAAGUCUCUUCCGCCCUCACUGCCAAGCUCCAGCGCAUCGCCGCCGCAGAGGAGGCUGGCGAUGACGCCGCAGAGACCUGGGUCGACCUCACCGACCUCUACGCGCCCGGCACCUACGUUGCUGGUGUCAUUUCCGAGGUCGACACCACCUCCAGCCGCCGUGUCGCCAUCACCCUCGAGCCGCGCCUCGUCAACGCCCGCCUCACCUCCUCCGCCAUCGUCCCCGACUCGAACGUUUGGGGUGCCGUGACUUCGGUUGAGGACCACGGUUACGUCAUCUCCUUUGGCAUCCCGCACGUCUCGGGCUUCCUCCUCAAGUCCGACGCCAAGAACAUCGAGUACGUCGAGGGCCAGGCUGCAUACUUUUCCAUGAUCAACCUCAACGAGACCUCCACCGCGGGCGUCAUCCCGCUCCGCCCGCUCGCCCUCCGCACCAUCACCGAGCCGCACGAAGACCUCACCCUCGACGCCGUCAACGUCGGUGCCCGCGUCAAGGCCACCAUCGUCGCCGCAAACGAUUAUGGCCUCGUCGUCUCCAUCCUCGGCUUCCUCAAGGCCACCCUCCAUGUCGAGGAGAUGGGCCUCGUCGACCCUGCCGCCUACUCGGUCGGCAAAACCAUCAAUGCCCGCGUCAUCAUCUUCAAGCAGGACGGUACUGGCAUCGGCCUCUCCAUUGCCAAGGCCGUCGUCAACUUUGAGCCGCCAGCCUCGCCCGACGCCAUCACCCGCGGCGCUGUCUACGACGACGUCACCGUCGUCCGCGUCUCACCGCUUGGCCUCAUCGUCGCCCUUCCUCUCCCUUCUGCCGCCGGCCCCGCCAGCGACGACGACGAAACCGACGACACACCCACCGCCGUCUCGCCCGCCCUCGUCCCCCCGACCUUCAUCAACAACGAUCGCUCCAUCGCCAGCUACGCCGACUUGCAGGAGCGCUUUGGCCCGGGAUCGACCGUCUCGGUCCGUGUCAUUGCCUACUCGCACAUCCAGGCCAUCUUCAAGGUUGCCUGCGCGCCGGCUCUGGUCAAGGCUCCGUUCCUCUUUGCCUCGGAGCUCGAGAUCGGCGCCCCGGUCACGGGAGAGGUCAUCGUCGUCGAGCCCGAGUACGUCCAGGUUCGUCUCUCGCCGUUCUGUGUCGCGUCGGUCACCCGCGCCCACCUUGCCGACGUCUAUGUCUCGGACGCCACGGCUCGCCUCAAGGUUGGGGCUCACUUUUCCGGCGCCGUCCUCCGCAUCUCUGGCCCGCGCGUUGCGCUCACCGCCAAGCCCUCGCUGCUCAAGGCUCAGUAUCCGGUGCUCAAGUCGAUUGACGAGGCCGCCUCCCUCAUCAACUCGCUCGUCUCGGGUGUCAUCACCAAGGUUGACAAUCGCUCCGGCGUCUAUGUUGCGUUUUACGGCGACGUCUUUGGCAUCGUCCGCCCCUCGCAUCUCGCCGCUUCGUACAUCGAAAUCCCGUCCGACAUCUUCAACGUCGGCCAGGUUGUCUCGGCGCGCGUCCUCGCCUUUAACCCCGAAGACAUCACGGCUGGCGUCCCCAUCCCCAUCUCGUUCCUCCGCACCGAGAGGCAGGAGAAGAUGAAGCUCGAGGCGCGCGGCGCGUCGCGUGCCCCGCUUGCCGCCAAGCUCUACAAGACCCUCAAGACCUUCCACGCCGGCGAGCUCAUCACCCCGGGUGUCCACUGCACCGUCGACGUUGUCGAGAUCAAGCCGCGGACUGUCGUUGUCUCGAUCACCCGCGACGACGGCGCCCCGCCCGUCAUCGCCUCGAUCGCCUCGUACCGCGUCACCGACUACCCGGAGAUGUUUGAGGCUACCCGCUCGGCGCUGCAGGUCGGCCCGUGGCGCGCCGACAUCUUCCCUGCCCUCCGCAUCAUCAGCAACGUCAUCGAGCAGUCGCGAUACUCGCUCCAGCUCUCGAUCAAGGAGUCGGACGUCGCUGGCCCGCUCCCGGCGUCGCUGGCCGACAUGCAGAUUGGCGAGGUCUACACCGGAACCGUCUCUGGCUGCGCCACCUACGGUGCCUUUGUCACGCUCGCCAACGACGUCAACGUCCUCAUUCCGAUCAAGAACAUCCUGUUUGGCGGCUAUUAUGUUGACGACAUUGACUCGGUCGUCCCCACCCACAGCACCGUCGCCUUUGAGCUCACCGAGCUCGACCUCGAGACCCAGCGCGCGACCGGUUCCAUGGCCACUGGCGCAGUCCUUGCCUCCUCGUCGCGCUGGAUGCGUGGCCUCCUCGCCCGCCGCGCUGCGCUCUCCGCCGCCUCUGACAUCCCCAACCUGGUUCCCGGCCUCCCGCGAACCGCCACCGUCAAGCACAUCCUUCCCACCGGCCUCAUUACCUCGUUCGACGAGGCCCACGCAUCCGACCCGACGUCCACAACCACUAUUUCCGGAUUUACCAGUACCUCUCAGACCGGGUCGUCGGCGGUGGUCCCUGGCUCUGUUGUCGAGGGUCUCGUCCUCGACUUUGACCCUACGUCGGCCAUCGCCGACCUUUCGCUUGCCGACUCGCUUGAGGGCGCCGAGUUUGUUGCCGACUACGCCAGCCUUGCUGCCGCCCGCACCUCGACCUCACGCAAGUCGAAGAAGGGCAAGGGCAAGGGCAAGGGCAAGGACAAGGCUGCUGCUUCCGUCGAGGGCGGAAGCGUGAAGGCCACUGUCCAGCUCAUCAAGCCGUGCUAUGCCGUGGUCACCACCUCUGACGCCAUCGGCUACGUUCCGCUUGUCGGCUACAACGAUGCGGUUCUGGUCAGCAAGGCUGCCGGCUCUCUCGACUCGGGUUCGGACGACAACGAUGACGACGACGGCGACGAGGCGUCCGGCAAGACCCCGGCUGUGACCCAUCUCGGUCGCCUGCGCACGCAGCGACUGGAGGCUCUCCCGGUCGCCGGUGCUUCCGGCACAGUCACACUCCAGGCUGGCGUCGGGAACAGCGCCAUUGUCUUUGCCGCGCCCGAGAUCGACGUCACGCGCGUGUCUUCGGCGCGCAAGUCCAGCGGCUCGUUCGGUGAUGCCGGGAACAAGACGCUGACGCUCUCGACCGGUGCCGUUGCCUCGCCGACCGACGUGGUGACCGCAGCCGACCUUACCAUCGGCGACCGUGUUGUCGGGCGGGUUCUCAAGAAGUUUGCCAACCAGAUCGAGGUCCGGCUCGGGCGCAAGGUCAAGGCUCGUGUCCACUCGACCGAGGUCUUUGACGAGCUGCCAGACAAGGCGACGACGCUGGCGCCGUCGUUCCCGUUUGCCGACAUUGAGCUUGGCUCGCUGGUCGAGGCCAAGGUCCUCGCCUUCAACGAGCGCAUGGGCUCGGGCGGCCUCGCCGUGACUGGCCGCAGCAGGACCAAGAAGCGCCAGGCCAUCGAGCUCACUAUGCGGCCGGCGGUGCUGGCCAAGCCUGACGGCAAGAUCUCGACCAAGCACCUGGUCAAGGUUCACAAACUGAAGCGUGGCGACAAGCUGACCGGCUUUGUGCAGGGCUGCGACGAGGCGUGCAUGUGGGUUGCUCUCGACUGCAUGUCGCGCGGCCGGGUGGACAUCCUGCAGAUGCCCGCCGAGGACGUUGCCGACUCGUCGUUUGCUCGCAAGUACGCGCCGGGUUCGGCCGUCGACGUCUACGUCACCGACGUGACGGACAAGGUUGGUGUGAGCCUCUCGCUCCUCUCGCCAGCCGAUGCCGAGCUGCGCGAGGGCAUGCUGGUGCCGGCACGGGUCAUGGCGGUCACCUCCGUCUUUGUCUCGCUCGUCAUCGGCUCGGGUGAGGUCGUUGUUGCUCCGCUUUCGCAGCUCUCUGACGUGUGGGGCGGCGAGGUCAUCAAGUCGUUUACCACCGGCGAGGUCCGGAUCGUGGCUAUUGUCCGCGUCGGCCCACCCGAGAACAUGGAGACGUCGUCGUUUGUGGCUCGCGUCUCGCUUCGCCCCUCGCGGCUGGAGAACCCGCUCGAGGGCCUCGUGCCGACGCAGGCGCGGUCGGCCAAGCUUGCGGAGCUCACCGCCAAGGAGGUGCUUACCACGCCCAUGCCCGAGUACACCUCGGUCAACCAGCUUGUCAAGGGCCAGCUCGUCCAUGCGUACAUUGAGGAUGUGACCAACAAGGGUGCGUUCAUUACGCUCGGCGACCGCCUCAACGGGCGGGUCCUCCUCCGUGACAUGACCGACGCCUACAUCAAGGACCUCAAGUCGGCCUUUCCCAGAGGCAUGCAUGUCAUUGGGCGUGUGUUGUCGAUCGAUCCUGUAGCGGGCUUUGUCAACGUCACGCUCAAGACGUCCGCAGUCGGCGCGACCGGCAACGAGCGUGAGAUUACUAUCCAUACCCUCAAGGCCGGCAAGCGGGUCUCGGGCGUUGUCUCGCAGGUUGCGACCUACGGUGUCUUUAUUCGCAUCAACAACUCGUCGGUCUCGGGCAUGGCCCACAUUUCGGAGCUCUCCAACACUCGGGUCACCGACAUUUCGGCGCUGUACUCGCCGGGCGACCACGUGCGGGCGCUGGUGCUGAAGGUCGACCGCGAGCGCAACCGCGUCUCGCUUGGCCUCAAGCCGCAGUACUUUGUCAACGACGACGAGUCGGACUCGGACUCGGACUCGGGUUCCGGCUCGGCCUCGGAGGUGAUCGACAUGGACGGCUCCGACUCGGACGGCUCGGGCUCGGACGGCUCCGGCUCGGACUCGGACGUCGCCGACAUGGAGGUCCAGGGCGCUGUCAAGCUCCUCGACGCCGACGCUGACUCGUCGUCCGACGACAUGGCCGCCCUCCGCUCGGGCCUUGCCGACAUGGACGAGUCCGGCUCGGCCUCGGCCUCGUCCGACGACGCUUCGUCCGGCUCGGCGGCUUCAGACUCGCACUCGUCCGACUCGGCCUCGUUCAUCGGCGCCGACGGCUCGGAUCUGUUUGCUGACGCUGAUCUCGACCCGGCCUCAGACCCUAACCUGCUCACCCGCCUCCUGGCUGGUAUGGGCACAAAGGCGGCGGUCAAGUCGAAGGCCAAGGCCAAGGCCAAGGCUAAGGCCAAGGCCAAGACGAAGAAGUCGAAGCGUGGUUCGUCAAGCUCAGGCUCGGCCUCCUCCUCGUCUGGCUCGGCCUCCUCCUCCUCCUCCUCCUCCUCCUCCUCCUCCUCCUCGUCCUCGUCGUCGUCGUCAUCGUCGGUGGUGAUGGAGGGCGAGAUGGACGUUGCUGGUGGACGGAACGCGACGCGGCGCGAGAAGCGUGCGGCGGCCAAGAAGAAGCAGCGUGCCGAGGAGGCACAGACGCGGGCGCUCGAGGCUGCGCUUGUGGAUGCGUCCAAGGCGCCCGAGUCUGUGGACGAGUUUGAGCGGCUGCUGUUGGCAUCGCCCAACUCGUCGAUGCUGUGGAUCCAGCUGAUGGCGUUCCAUCUCUCGCAGACGCAGAUUGCCGAGGCGCGCGAGGUUGCUGAGAAGGCACUCAAGACGAUCUCGUUCAAGGAGGAGACCGAUAAGCUCAACGUGUGGGUGGCGUACCUCAACCUCGAGAACAUGCACGGCACGCAGGGCUCGCUCAACAAGGUCUUCAAGCGCGCAGUCAAAUACAACGACGCGUUCACCAUCCACGAGAAGCUGCUGGAGGUGUACGAGGCGUCGUCCAAGUGGGAGGAGGCCGACGCGCUGUGGGACAUCACCGUCCGCCAGUUUGGCAAGGCCUACUCGCGGGCGUGGACCGGGUUCUUCAUGUUCAAGCUCCGGCACGCCAGCGCCGACGAGGCGCGCUCUGUCUUGCAGCGCGCGAUGCAGUCGGUGCCCAAGACCAAGCACACCAACCUGGUGACCAAGUGCGCGACGCUCGAGUUCAAGUUUGGCUCACCAGAGCGCGGACGCACGCUGCUCGAGGACGUACUGGCGUCCAAGCCGAAGCGGCUCGACGUGUGGAACGUGUACGUCGACAUGGAGACCAAGCACGGCUCGAAGAAGCGCAUCCGCAAGAUCUUCGACCGCAUGAUCCUGCUCCCGCUCCCGCUUGCCAAGAUGCGCAAGGUCUUUGCCCGCUACCUCGCCUUUGAGGCCGAGCACGGCGACGAGCGCAAGCAGGCCGGCGUCCGCGAGAAGGCGCAGGCCUUUGUCGAGGCAUGGAAGGCCAAGCACGACGAAGAGUAAAUCCCGUAUUGGUGCAAAAUAA